AUGGCACAUUUUUCACAACACAAGAAAGAAUUACUGUUUAACUUGUUCUUUCUUACUCUCGCUCUAUACUUGCGUUGGAUCGGUGUACAAGUUAUACUUGCUUGGGCACUGUUCUGUUUAGUCAGUUUUCGCUUUGUAAAAUUGCAAGCAGACUACUGUAAUUCUAUAAUUAAUGGAUCAGCGGGUGACAAGACUAUUUCUCCAACGGGAAAGAAAUCUAUGGUACAAGAGAUCGCGUAUACGUGUCAGAUGAUUAUCUCGCGCUCACAAAUUGAGAAACCCACGAUAGACAAACGAAUGCGAAAGUCCAGGACACUGUCGAAGGAAACCGAAAGCUUGAGAUUGAUUCGCAAACGUCGUGACUCCUUUCCGCCUAUAUUAAAACGUUCAUGCGCUCAACGUCAAUCAAAACGCCGCGAUUCCAACUCCUCAAAGAUCAGCCUAACAUCAAAGCCUGUAACACAGGUCUUAACAGAAUCGUUCCAAAAACCUUCUCCGACACGACGUCUAUCCAAUCCUUAUCUACCAAAGCAUGACGCUGAGGUAUUCAGAUCGUUUGCAAACUGUGUCAAGCCCAUGCAGCGUCCUGCAGCCGAGCAGAGUCAGCCAAUAUCCCAGGGAAACGAAAAUUUGAUCAGUGCAUUCCUUAGACUAGAACAGGCGGUUGGAGAGACUAUUGGAGUUGAACAUUUAAACGCUUAUACAGAAUCGAAUGGCGACUCGAGUACUACUUGUGCUACUUACAGCGACUUGGAUAGAAGUUUGAGACGGUUGGAGGAACUUUUCGAAGAGCUGUAUGGGGUUUGUAAGUCAUGA